AUGCGUAUCGCUUACGUUGUUGCUGGACUGAUUGCCCUGAAUGCAAAUAUCUCUGAUGCGCGUGUCGUUGCGCCUCAUGGCGCCCAGGCAAACAUCUCCACUCCUGUCCUUGCGAAGAGAGCACCAGCUGAGCGUGGUGACAUGAACUCGACGAAGGAGGAGGACGACACCCAUGAAGAUAAAACGUCCGACUCCGACGAUGCCGUCGGCCGUGUCCACUCCAGUGUCCACGGCGCGUCGGACGCCCGGCCCGGUUCUUCCAAAUCGGCGCUCCGGACUAUCAUCCCCGGAGCCCAAUCCUCUGACCGGGAUGGCUACACCCAGCCCACUCCUUCCGACACCAAUCACGGCUCGCCGCUCGAUAAGCUCACGUUUUUGAUCAAGCCUGUCGCACACAAGGCCACCCACGAAGUUCCAGCUGAGGUCGAAUCCCACGCUCCCCAGCCUGCUGAUGCGCUCCUCAGAGCUAUUGAGCACUUCCGUGAGGAUGUCACCCAUCAGCUUCCGGUCCAUGUCCCGGGCGACAUUGUGUCUUCCACAACCUCAAGCCCUCUCUCAGCCCCGUCGCACCUAGUCACCCCAGUCAUCGAGCAGUUGCCAAUCGGCCAGACUGCUGGUAAUGGUGCUUACGGAGAUGCCCUCCCUUUGUCCCAAGUCACCAACACAAUCCACUCGACCAUCCCAAAUGUUGCCCAAGACCCGUCUUCCUUAAUCUCCAACUUGCCUGUGGGCGGCUCGCGACAAGCCAGCAACUUGAUCCAUUCCACUCUCCCUAAUCUGGCCGGCAUCACCCCGAACCUAUCCAACCUUCCUUUACCAAUCGUUGGCGGCAACCCCGGUGGUUCCGAUAGCGGCCUUCCAGUGCCUAUUCCCUCUGACCCAACUAGCAUUAUCAGUCCCAUCAUUUCAAGUAUUCCAGUAGGGGGCAUCGCAAGCGCUCUCCCAGUAUCAGAACCAACCAAUGUAGUCAACCGAGUCUUCUCCAACUUGCCAGUUGGCCAAUCUCCCAUAGGAUCUCUUCCGGUCGACCCCUCAACUGUGGCUAGCCCCAUCCUCUCCGGCUUACCGGUUGUCGGUAACGGGAAUGCCGGAUCCCCUUUAAGCUCCCUUCCUCUCGACCCGUCCACCUUGGUUAACCCAGUUAUCUCCAACUUGCCCGGUGGCCAAUCAGGCGGCAACAUCAUCCCCGGAUCCACCUUGAGUUCUCUCCCAGUUGACCCUACUAACUUGGCCAAUCGAGUCAUCUCCAACUUGCCAAUUGUUGACGGAAGCUCCGGAUCCCCCUUGAGCUCUCUCCCGGUGGACCCCUCCACUCUGGUCAGUCCGAUCCUUUCGAACUUGCCUGUGGGCCAGUCAAACGGCUACACUCAAGGCCCCGGAACGCCUUUGGACACUCUCACCAACCCAACUGGUUUGGUCAGCCCCAUCCUAUCCAACUUGCCAGGAGAUCAAUCCGUUGGCAACAUUAUCUCCGGAUCCCCCUUGAGCUCUCUCCCUGUGGACCCCGCAAACGUGGUCAAUCGAGUCAUCUCUAACCCAUUAGGUGAUGUGAGCUCCCUUCCAGUCGACCCAUCCACUCUGGUCAGCCCGAUCCUCUCAGGCCUUCCAGUAGGCGGCGCCGGAAGUUCCGGAUCUCCCUCGAGCUCCCUCCCAGUCGACCCAUCCACUUUGGUCAGCCCGAUACUCUCUAACCUACCAGCCGGAGUCGCCAGCCCCUUGAACAGUCUCCCGGUCGACCCCACUGGGUUGGUCAGCCCGAUCCUCUCAAACGUGCCAGUCGGACCCAGUGCCGGGAGCCCCUUGGACGGUCUACCAGUCGACCCAACUACCUUGGUCAACCCUAUUCUGUCGAACUUGCCGGUAACUCAAUCUGUUAGCAACGUGAUUCCUGGAGCCCCGUUGAACUCUCUCCCUCUUGACCCGGCAAGCUUGGUCAACCGUGUCAUCUCUAACCCGCCCGGCGGUGUCAGCUCCCUUCCAGUCGACCCAUCCACUUUGGUCAGCCCGAUACUCUCUAACUUACCAGCCGGAGUCGCCAGCCCCUUGAACAGUCUCCCGGUCGACCCCACUGGGUUGGUCAGCCCGAUCCUCUCAAACGUGCCAGUCGGACCCAGUGCCGGGAGCCCCUUGAACGGUCUACCAGUCGACCCAACUACCUUGGUCAGCCCUAUUCUUUCGAACUUGCCGGUGGCUCAAUCUGUUGGCAACGUGAUUCCCGGAGCCCCGUUGAGCUCUCUCCCUCUUGACCCGGCAAGCUUGGUCAACCGGGUCAUCUCUAACCCAUCAGGCGGUGACGGCACCUCUGGAUCCCCCUUGAGCUCCCUCCCAGUCGACCCAUCCACUUUGGUCAGCCCAGUCCUCUCAACCUUACCCCUGGGCCAGCUAGCCAGCACUGGAACCUCUGGAGCACCCUUAAGCUCUCUUCCAGUCAACCCAUCCACAUUGGUCGCCCCGGUUCUAUCCGGUAACCUACCUGUCGUCGGAUCGGUUACCGACACAGUUAAUUCGCCCCUCUCCAGUUUGCCCAUCUCAAACACCAACCCCACCACUGGCUACUACUGA